AUGACAACGGCGGUAUGGACGACAACGGCAGAGAUCAUUUUGCAGUACACGGGGUUAUGGUCGACAACGUUCUUCACCAUCGUAGCGUUGAUGGUUGUGACUUACAAAGUUGUUUGUGGCAUGUUCUUCUCUAGUGAUGACUUUGUUCCUAUCAAAAGACAGUCUCUCAACCUUGGUGACAUGACGAAAGAGGAACUUAGAGCUUAUAAUGGCUCUGACUCAGAAAAACCAUUUUUGAUGGCUAUCAAAGGAAAGAUCUACACUGUAUCUACCUCCAAGAUGUUCUAUGGUCCUGGUGGUUCAUAUGCAAUGUUUGUUAGAAGAGAUGCAAGCUGA